AUGUCCAAGUCGUGGUUUGGGCGCUUAGCCGCCAAGGUCUCGGGGGACAAGGACGCGUCGCCGUCUCCAGCGCGCCAGUCAGCCCCUGGCUCGCAGCGCACCUCGGCGCCGGCGUCCUCUGGCCCGAGCCGCGCAGCGUCGGCCACCCCCUCUCAACAGCAGCGGCGCGCCGAGCCGCAGGAAGAGCUGUGGGAAGAGCCGCCGUUCGAAGCCUUUGUCGCGCAGCCGCAGCCCCCGCCCGCCGCGACCGCAGCCCCCGCCACUGCCGACGGCGAGACGGCGCGCUCGCCGUUCCACGCGUCCGCCGUCGCGGCCGCCAGCGCGGGCCUGACGUCGCCCGAGCGCGUGAUCGACGAAACGACAGACCUGAGCACGCUCACCGACCAGGAGAUCACGCGCCUCAUGGAGGGCAUGGACGGCGACGUGAUGAACAAGCAGUAG